CGCACUAAAGCAGAAGAGAAAAACGUCGGUGCAUUAAAUAGAUUAUCGAUUCUGGUGAAUGCUGGUUCUGAUGUGUUCCAAUUUACAGAAAGAUCUAAGGAAAAAGCAUGGGUCUUGUUAAUGCCAAAGUCCAAACUAUUAAAUACUAUAAUUUUGUUGUCGAUAUAUAUUCCGCGUUCUGGAUAUUUAAAAUCAUUAGUGACUACUAGUGACUGCACAUUCAUUAUUGAAAUAAAGAAAACUAAAUACGAAUAA